GUUUGUGUCAUGCCGAAUUUGUUGUCAGGUGUCUUGUGUUUUUAAUGUCUGUAGUUCUAUUUGGACAUAUUUUUGCAUUACUAGUUUGGGAUAUUGGACAGUAACUGACUACUUAUCAUGAUGCCGGGGGAGAAUCAUUCCAAACUCGCGUCAGGAGCAACUACCGGAGCUUGUCACAACUGCACUGUGCUUCACCAGAACCUAAACGAAUAUGUGGCAGCUCUGCUGGUUUUGAAACAGAGAAGUAUUGACUCCGAUCACCUGCUGAGGGAAUAUCAAGGAAAGUGUGAAGAGCUCCAGAGAUCCCAGAGGGAGACCAAUAAGCUGCGUAUACAACUUGAUGAUCUGCAGUUGAAAGUAGCUUCUCUGGAAAAGCAACAUGCAGGGUACGAAGCCAUGCGGGCAGAGCUGGAGGCUAAGCAGAGCGCUGAGAAGUUGUCCCAGCAGCUUCUUGAGGAAGUGGAGAGGCUGAAGGAGCAGAACAACAACACAGAGACUCUAAAUAAGAGACUUGAGGACCAGCUGAAGAUGGUAGCAGAGACAACAGAGAAGCAGUGUGUGGAUAAUGUCCAGCUGAGACGGGAGAAGACGGCGCUGGAGAAAGACCUGCUGAAAACACAGGCGUCGUUGAAGACAUGUCAGAAGGUAGCAGAGGAAGUGCAGCAGUUGAAGGAGGACAACGCCAGGACAUCCGUUCUGAAACACAACCUGGAAAAACAACUUGGACUGUUUCAAGAUUCUAAACUCAAGCAAGAGCGUGACGUUACCGGGCUGAAAACAGAGAAGAUUCUACUGGAGAACAAGCUUCUACAUCUUCAGGAACGACUAGAGAAACUGGAGACGGAGAAGAAUAAAGUAUUAAAGAGCACAUCAACUCAAGCAACGGCACCUGAAGAAACAACGGUGGAUAAAGAGAAGAUCCAGAGGCUGCUGGAGGAUCUGUGGGUGUGUGUAGCUCCUCCCUCAUCACACCUCCCUGCCAGGAGGAAACAGCAGUUCAAGGAGCACCUACAGGACAGCAGCACAGUUGAACCCCACAGACCUGACGGUGACCCGCCAGGCCACGGACCCAGCAGGAACGGUGACCCGCCAGGCCACGGACCCAGCAGGAACGGUGACCCGCCAGGCCACGGACCCAGCAGGAACGGUGACCCGCCAGGCCACGGACCCAGCAGGAACGGUGACCCGGCAGGCCACGGACCCAGCAGGAACGGUGACCCGGCAGGCCACGGACCCAGCAGGAACGGUGACCCGGCAGGCCACGGACCCAGCAGGAACGGUGACCCGCCAGGCCACGGACCCAGCAGGAACAGUGACCCGCCAGGCCACGGACCCAGCAGAAACAGUGACCCGCCAGGCCACGGACCCAGCAGAAACAGUGACCCGCCAGGCCACGGACCCAGCAGAAACAGUGACCCGCUAGGCCACGGACCCAGCAGGAACAGUGACCCCCCAGGCCACGGACCCAGCAGAAACAGUGACCCGCCAGGCCACGGACCCAGCAGAAACAGUGACCCGCCAGGCCACGGACCCAGCAGAAACAGUGACCCGCCAGGCCAUAAACAUAGUAGAUCAGUCGAGGAGAUCCUGGACUGGUUCAAGCCGCUGCCCCCUGUCCUCUCCCCCUUACCCUGCUCCUCAGCUCAGGAGAGUUUGGAUGAGGUCUUGGAGUCAGGAGCUGGAGAGACCAGAUCUCCUCUAGAGAACAGAAACCACCCUGUCUACGCUACAGGACCAGCCAAUCAGACAGCAGGACAGCAACCUGGACCAGCCAAUCAGAUGGCCCUUGUGUUGGCAGGACAACAACCUGCAGACUCCUCAGUGGAACUACCAUCAGACAGAAUUCAUUCUACUCCGAGAGAAAGCCCUGAUCUGGCCACAGGGACCUCAGGAGAGAAAGAGAGGAACCGUGUGGCUGUCUGUGAACAGGAAGACAUGCAGGUCGAAGCAGCUGCUGAAACCAUCCGGUCCCCAUCAGGAGAGGCUCAAACCUCCUCUAGUGAUCUACCUUCCUUUACCAAAGCCACAGAGGGUCUCCCAAACUCAGUCGAGCUUCCAGGCAACCUCUCUGUCCAUCCUGGGAGCGUUCAGACCUCACUCCCCCAGACACAAGGAGGACGAGUGCAGGACUCCUCACCGGACGUGACAGAGAUGGAGGUUGAGACGAACCCGUGUUAUAAGGGCUGUGUCUCGGAGGGUCAGAGUAUCAACCAUGGGGACUCAGAGAAAAUAGAGAGCGUUAGAGAUCGGUCAGGAGAGGCCAGCGUGUCUCAAACUCACACCACUAAACAGCUGGAUCCCAGUCCUCUGGUUGAGUGUUCUGCUGAGACAGUGACUGGUCCAGAUCAACUGACUGAAUGGGCUCCUAACACUCAAUGUAACACAACUGAUCAGAAACAAGCUCCUCAAGCAUGUCCACAUAAACAAGACAAGUUGUUUACAGGCCAGGAAUCAGAUAAAGACGAUGAAGGGGGUUUCUCUUGGAAACAGGUUGGGGAUGUACUGGUCUCUUCCAUUCAUCCUACGGAAGGACUGGGCUCCCCCAGUCAUCCUACGGAAGGACUGGGCUCCCCCAGUCAUCCUACGGAAGGACUGGGCUCCCCCAGUCAUCCUACAGAAGGACUGGGCUCCCCCAGUCAUCCUACAGAAGGACUGGCCUCCCCCAGUCAUCCUACAGAAGAACUGGCCUCCCCCAGUCAUCCUACAGAAAGACUGGUCUUUCCCAGUCAUCCUACAGAAAGACUGGCCUCCCCCAGUCAUCCUACGGAAGGACUGGCCUCCCCCAGUCAUCCUACGGAAGGACUGGUCUCUCCCAGUCAUCCUACGGAAAGACUGACCUCCCCCAGUCAUCCUACAGAAGGACUGGCCUCCCCCAGUCAUCCUACAGAAGAACUGGCCUCCCCCAGUCAUCCUACAGAAAGACUGGUCACUCCCAGUCAUCCUACAGAAGAACUGGCCUCCCCCAGUCAUCCUACAGAAGAACUGGCCUCCCCCAGUCAUCCUACAGAAAGACUGGUCACUCCCAGUCAUCCUACAGAAAGACUGGUCUCCCCCAGUCAUCCUACAGAAGGACUGGCCUCCCCCAGUCAUCCUACAGAAGGACUGGCCUCCCCCAGUCAUCCUACAGAAGGACUGGUCUCCCCCAGUCAUCCUACAGAAGGACUGGUCUCCCCCAGUCAUCCUACAGAAGGACUGGUCUCCCCCACUCAUCCUACAGAAGGACUGGUCUCCCCCACUCAUCCUACAGAAGGACUGGCCUCCCCCAGUCAUCCUACAGAAGGACUGGCCUCCCCCAGUCAUCCUACGGAAGGACUGACGGAUGUCGGUAUAGUACCAACAGUCAUCACCACGGUGCAUUCCUCUGGGGCAGAGGAAUCAUCAUCAUUUGAACAGAAGUCUCUAGCACCUCUGCUAAAAUCUAGUGUCCACAUCUCUCCUGCCAGUUUAAUGAUCUUUGUAAAGAACUCUGAACUCCAUGACGACAUCCAGGCAACGAAACACAACGCUCAGAGUAGCAGAAACCAUACAGUAUGCAAGAGGUUACAUAGUCCCAUGUGUCUUUCCCCUGUGGUGAACGUGAAGCUCCUGAGAUCUGGUACACAACCGAAGAGGAUGAAUGGAAAGAAAGAUGCUGAAGACCCAGGGUCUGACGUGAGGAGUCCACCGUCUCCUACAGAGUUACAGAGUGACGAGCCUUUGAACAACGGGAUGCUGAAAGAUUGUGAUGGCCCAGUCCAUGUUCUACAACACCAGGAUAUGAAAGCUGAGCGUAAGCAUCCUACAACCACCAACUGCAUCUCUGAGUCAAGGUCUGAGUCCCAGCUGACAGAUGAAGGGUCUGAGAAACUAGGUGGAAAUGCCCAGACUGAGAUGAUCAGUACUAGAAGUAGGCGUGUCAGGAAGAGUCUUGUUAGAUCAAACACAGUCCAAACCAGCUCAGUGAAAGACGGCGCGGCUCCCAGGGACGGCCAGCAAACGGCCACCGUUUCAUGUAAAGUUAUUAUUGAAAGACUCAGCCCUGACAUGAGGGAAGAGAUCAGGCCAGCAGUCUUGUCUGUGGGCCGCUCCCCAGAACCCACAGCAGUCUUGCCUGUGGGCCACUUCCCAGAACCCACAGCAGCCUUGCCUGUGGGCCACUCCCCAGAACCCACAGGGAAAGUUCCUAUUGGGAAGGUUCGCUUUGAAGUGGGUCCUCCGUUACCUCCUCUUCUGAUGCCUCUCACUGUAACUCCUCCGAGACCGGUAAAACCUGGCAAUCCAAGACAGGUGAUUGGUAAACUGUCCUUUCCCUCACCAAUGGAAGGACCUGUUGCGUCCCAAACAGCACCUGAUGGUCAGAUGUUGAGCUCCCCGUCUCGAACCACCCCUUCCUCACCACUACAGUUUGGUUCAGCCACUCCUAAACACGCUGUACCUGUUCCAGGGAGACUUCCUGCCUUCAGCCCCUCCUCUUCCUCCACUAGUCCCGCCCAGGAGAACUCCAUGAGGAUUCUAGACAGCAGGUAUCCAGAACUGUCUGCCCGUGCCAGGACUCUCAGUAUCCUCCGAGGAAACCUCUGUAUGUCUUCUGCUGAGACGGGGACAACACCCUGCAGCUCUGUCAGUCAGAUAUCUGGCUUCAAAACCAUCAACUCCUCGUCCACGGCUUUCACCAAAACAGAGCAAAGAGGGAAGCGAAGUGGAGUCAACAUGCUUCUACCAAAGAGUGCCAAAAGACUGAGGCUGGAUAACUGCUCUCCCGGCCCUGCUGGAGCGACGGCCGGCCCUGCUACUAAGGAGAUAUCUUCCAUGACAUCAGCCAGUCCGGACCGACUACUCAGGACACCUCAACAUGGGAGUUCUUCACAGCCUACAGAGAAGGAGAAACUGGUUGGGAAACCAGCAGGCGAAGCCUCCGUAUCCCAGGCCUUAGAGAAGAUAGCAGCCCAGUGUUUUGACCUGUUGCCUGUCAUCAAGAGCCACCUGUUUGUUGGGAAUCUGUCUAGGAAGCCUGUGUUACGGGAUGAGGAGAAGGCGGUCCUCUCUGAGUUCUCAAACAAUCAGCCUCUGGCAGAUGAUCUGAUGUCGGUGAUGCUGACGAAGCUGAAGACUGAGAGGACUGAGCUGCCUGGGUCUCACCUCCAGGCUCUGGUUAGAGUCUACACUGCUCUGUGCCGACAGAGGAGGGACUGGGACAGGGCACAUAUCCUGGCCUACAGCAUCCUUAGAGAAGAUUUGCCCGAGUCAGCCAAGCUGGUUCUGUUCAUGGUGACCACGUGGCCCAAUGUGUUCUCCUGCAGGACUGUAGUGUGCCAGGCCAUCCACACGGUCACCAAGGUCAAAGCUCAAGGAGAGGUGCUCCACUGCCUAACUGCUUACCUGGGAUGGGAGAAGAGUCCUCCUAGUGACGUUGAUCAGUUGGUGUCCCGUACGUUGACGUCCGUCAGAGAUGCAGCUGAGAUGACCUUCCAGAAACACCCGCGACAGGGAGAGGACCUGAACCCUGUUGCCUGGCAACACAUCUUCGCCCUGGAGCUGCUCUGCUCUCAAACACACUGGCAGUGGACCCAUGACAACCUACUGAGUAAAGAGCUGUGGCCGGUAAUGAACUCCUGGGUGACCCAGCCCAGAUCCAGACAAACUCCCAUCCAGGAUGUCACUGUGGCUGCAGUCCUCAGACUCAUAGGACGCUUUGGGCAGCUGGGGAUAAAGGAGCGAUGUGGCUCGUCUGUGAAGAACAUCGCCAGGGUCAUCAACACGUUCGCCAGACAUGGACGGUCAGAAGGUGUUCCCUGGGAGGUCCAGCUGGCAGCUGUCUACACCGUCUAUGACCUGUCGCCUAGCAACCCCAAGGAGGCUCUGGCUGCGCUGGCGUCAUGGCGAGGAGAGACCACCCAGCCCGUCCCCCCCGCUGUCACCAGCUGCAUCACACAGAUCGCCUCGCUCUGCCGACACAUCAAACCCUAGUCCCUAAAACCUAGCUCCUAAUCCCUAGUCCUUAACAGCUACACACUCCUAACCUCUAGCUCCUAAUCCCUAGUCCUUAACCCCUCCACACUCCUAAUCCCUAGCUCCUAAUUCCUAGCUCCUAAUCCCUAGCUCUUAACCCCUAGUCCUUAACCCCUAGCUCCUGAUCCCUAGCUCCUAAUCCCUAGCUCUUAACCCCUCCACACCCCUAACCCCUAGUCCUUAACCCCUAGUCCUUAACCCCUAGUCCUAAACCCCUAGUUCUUAACCCCUAGCUCCUAAUCCCUAGCUCCUAAUCCCUAGUCCUUAACCCCUCACACCCUUAACCCCUAGUCCUUAACCCCUAGUCCUAAACCCCUAGUUCUUAACCCCUAGCUCCUAAUCCCUAGCUCCUAACCCCUAGUCCUUAACACCUCCACACCCCUAACCCCUAUUUCCUAACCCCUAUUUCCUAACCCCUAUUUCCUAACCCCUAGUCCUUAACACCUCCACACCCCUAACCCCUAGCUCCUAACCCCUAUUCCUAACCCCUAGCUCCUAACCCCUAGUCCUUAACACCUCCACACCCCUAACCCCUAUUUCCUAACCCCUAUUUCCUAACCCCUAUUUCCUAACCCCUAGCUCCUAACCCCUAGUCCUUAACACCUCCACACCCCUAACCCUAGCUCCUAACCCCUAGCUCCUAACCCCUAGCUCCUAACCCUAGCUCCUAACCCCUAGGUACAUUGCCACUUGUACAGAUCUGAAAGGAUUUCCUAGGUCCAAGAAUGUUGCCUAUCAGAGGGCAAGGUGAAGCAGCAUCCAUUUAGCUGUUACCUAUCCAUACCUUUUAGAUCUGACACCUUGAACCCUGCUGUGGACUGAACUUCUGGGACUCGUUUAGCCCCUAGCUCCUAGCCCCUAACCCCUAGGUCCUUUUAGAUCUGACACCUUGAACCCUGCUGUGGACUGAACUUCUGGGACUCGUUUAGCCCCUAGCUCCUAGCCCCUAACCCCUAGGUCCUUUUAGAUCUGACACCUUGAACCCUGCUGUGGACUGAACUUCUCGUUUAGCCCCUAGCUCCUAGCCCCUAACCCCUAGGUCCUUUUAGAUCUGACACCUUGAACCCUGCUGUGGACUGAACUUCUCGUUUAGCCCCUAACCCCUAACCCCUAGGUCCUUUUAGAUCUGACACCUUGAACCCUGCUGUGGACUGAACUUCUCGUUUAGCCCCUAGCUCCUAGCCCCUAACCCCUAGGUCCUUUUAGAUCUGACACCUUGAACCCUGCUGUGGACUGAACGUCUGGGACUCGUUUAGCCCCUAGCUCCUAGCCCCUAACCCCUAACCCCUAGGUCCUUUUAGAUCUGACACCUUGAACCCUGCUGUGGACUGAACUUCUGGGACUCGUUUAGCCCCUAGCUCCUAGCCCCUAACCCCUAACCCCUAGGUCCUUUUAGAUCUGACACCUUGAACCCUGCUGUGGACUGAACUUCUCGUUUAGCCCCUAGCUCCUAGCCCCUAACCCCUAGGUCCUUUUAGAUCUGACACCUUGAACCCUGCUGUGGACUGAACUUCUCGUUUAGCCCCUAGCUCCUAGCCCCUAACCCCUAGGUCCUUUUAGAUCUGACACCUUGAACCCUGCUGUGGACUGAACUUCUGGGACUCGUUUUAAUGAUCGUGUUAUUGAUCUGUUGGUUAACUCAUUACGUUCCCCUUGAUGCUCUGUUUUCUGUUCUAUAUGUGAAGCAUGACUUUGUAAAUAUGAUGUUCAGAUCUUGUUUUGUGACGCUCGUUGUGUACAAUAUAAAUGUCCCUGCUUCUGUAAAUGUUUUGUAAAUGUUCACUGUUACAGAGCCUAUUUCUAUUUAAUUUGACAAAUUAAAAUCUAACAGGUAAGCAUUUGUUUAA